CCACUCUUCACCGUCUCCACGCCGACCCACAGGACUCCGCAUCCCCCACCAUCACACAAACAUGCCUGCAGAUUACAACGGAAAAUGGGAGAUGGUUCGCAACGAUAACUUUGAGGACUACAUGAAGGCUCUGGACAUCGACUUUGCCACCCGAAAGAUUGCCCAACACCUGACUCAAACCAAGGUGUUUGUUCAGGAUGGCGAUAAGUUUGAGACCAAGACUUUGAGCACCUUCCGCAACUACGAGCUGAACUUCACAGUGGGGGUAGAGUUUGAGGAGCACACCAAGGGCUUGGACAACAGGGUGGUCAAGACCCUGGUCACCUGGGAUGGAGACACGCUGGUGUGUACUCAGAAGGGUGAGAAGGCCAGCCGGGGAUGGAAACACUGGAUAGAGGGGGACCUGCUGCACUUAGAGCUAACAUGUGGAGACAAAGUUUGUCAUCAGGUGUUCAAGAAAAAAUAAAGCGUGUAAUUAGCAUGCUUAUUUUAUUGUUAUGUUUAUACAUUCAUCUAUUCAUUCACCUUCCAACCGCUGGGGAGCAUCACAAGAGGCAGCCCGGAGUCGAUCCCAGGCAGCACUGGACACGAGGCUGGGGUACACCUUGGACGGAAUGUUUAUAUGUAUGUAAAGUGAUUAAAUGGCAUUUUAUAUUAAAAAAAUGACACGUU